AUGUCCGUCUCGAGUCUCAUCGAGGUUAACUUGGGCAAGUCUUGUAAUUGCCUGCUAUCGCAAGACGCUUAUCCUCGGUAUCCAGGUCCUGUGCUAUUGGGUAUCUUUGGCAAGUGCUACAGUCCGCGAUGCAGACCAGCCCCAUUGACGCGUCGAUCAAGUCAACACGUAUCUCUAUGGGAUCGUAACCUAUCAAUACGCGUCCUACUGGACUACGAGUACGCCCCUCGCGCCGUCACAAACAUGACCGAGUCUCACUUCGGACCAUCGACAGAGUUCAAUGACCCGCCCUGGAUCAAGUUAGGGCUAACAGUCCUCCUGCUGUUCCUCAUGGACACCUUUCAUAGCAGCUCAAUAGAGAACUUCACUGACCCUCUGGGACUCCUCGUUCCCGUCUGGCCCUACCCAAACACCAUCAUUACUACCGGCCUCACUGCGUUCUCCACACAGUCAUUCCUUUCAUAUCGGGUAUAUCGCCUCACCAAGAGAACUGUUCUUUACUUCAGCAGUAUAGCUAUCGCGGCUGGAACGCUUGCCCUUGGGAUGGUCUGUGCUGUGAAAGCUUUCUACGUUACCAAUUACUUGGAGCUCCCUAGUCUAAGGCCGUAUCUCACUGUAUGGCUAUGCAUGGAGAUGGCCAUUGACCUGGUCAUCUGUGGUGAGUGGCAAUCUCUAUGUUCCGGCGAUGCUGGUCGGUUGGUUGAGUUCUUAUGGGGCAAGUUUAUAGGGAUUCUCUUGUACACGCUUGGUCAUUCACGGACUGGGUUUGCCCAAUCCGACACGGUGAUUCGACGGCUGAUGCGUGCAGCUGUGCAAACGGGAUGUUUUGCAACUGCCUUCGCCGCUGUUACCCUGGUUCUUUUCUUGACGAACGGGGACACCCAAUUGUAUAGUUUGGUUGGAAUACCCAUUAGCCGAGUGUAUUCUAAUGCCCUAAUGGACACCAUUCUCUGUCGAGGGGAGCUCAGAGACCUUGUUCAACGGUCGCGGGGUGGAGAAACGAAUACACAGCAAACGAACACCUACGGGCUCACGUCCCUGACUCCCAGUGUUCAGCUUCACAUACACAAGGAAGUCCACACGGACGUUCAUUAUGAGCGAUCCAAUGCCUUUGAUGUGCGAACAACAAGGGCGUACAAAACCUCUCUUCAGGACAGGAUGUCCCAGCCACGAUCUUCUGAUGACUCAUAGACCGACGCAAAAUUCUCCAGGACCCGUGUAAAUUAGACAAAACAUUAGUAUGUAUAGUGAAAAUAACUCGUCGAAUGGCUCCC